AUGGAGGCCGUCUGGCUGGUGCCCGUUGGGCAGAAGCUGCUGCUCUGGGGCGCGCUCAGCGCCGUCUCCCUGGCCUGCGCCACCCUCAUCCUGAGCUUCCUGCAGUUAAUGGCGACCUACGCGCAUAACUGGCUGCAAAUGAGGCCCAUCCCCAGCAUUCCCUACGCCUACCCCUUCGUGGGACACGCGCUAAUGGUGGAGCGAGGAGGGAAAGAGUUUUUCCAGCAGAUGAUUUAUUACACAGGACGCAACAGACAUGUGCCAAUGGUAAAACUCUGGCUUGGCACAGUGCCAGUAAUAGCCAUGUUUAAGGCCGAAACUAUAGAGGUAAUUUUAACUAGCUCAAAGCAAAUUGACAAGUCUUAUCUGUACACAUUCCUACAACCAUGGCUUGGCCUAGGACUUCUUACAAGAAUCAUACAGGUCAUCAAGGAACGGGCCAAUGAAAUGAAGAGAGAUGAAGAAGGUAAAAGUGAUGACAAAGGCACGACCCUCUCCAAGAGGAAACGCAAGGCCUUUCUCGACCUGCUUUUAAAUGUGAUGGAUGAUGAAGGGAACAAGCUAAGCCAUGAGGCUAUUCGAGAAGAAGUGGACACUUUCAUGUUUGAGGGCCAUGACACAACUGCAUCUGGAAUAAACUGGGCCUUGUACCUACUGGGUUGCUAUCCAGAAGUCCAGAAAAAAUUAGGCAAUGAACUGGACGAAGUGUUUGGUAUGUAUGGCCCUUUUACUACUUACACGAAAGGUCCGAAGUCCCUGAAGCAAAUGGCAUUCUUCCUCAUUAAGAAUGUGAAGUCGGGCCUGUUAUAAAGACACUGUAAUAAGCAGGAAGGCUGCCAUAUGGUACCCCUUCCAGGGCUAAUGUCCUUUGCAAGACCUCCUGCAUUUGUUUACAGACAUUUGCUGAUUGCUUGGCAUGUGACUGCACUGGCCUAGAUGCGGGGGCUACACAGAUAAAUGUCAC